GGUUUGGUCAAGUGUGUGGUUAGUCAAUGUCGGCACCAGUUAGUUAGCCAAUGCAUGCACCAUUUGCAACCCCUGUCUUAGAACCGUUGCCACAAGAAACAACAACAAUUUCCAUGGCAACCCAAAGGCAAACAAAUGCAUAUUCAAUUUUCCAUAAACGAAGCCAUCAGCAAACUACACAAAUAUCUAAUAGAAAAUGAAACUUAAGACGCGCAUUUGCAAAAGAAGUUCGAUAAAUACAAAUACGGAAACCUCACAGGAGCGCAGCCCACAAUCCUGUAGUUAUCCUCUGAGCUGCGUGGACUGGAGCAGCAAUGAGGAAAUCUAUUUUGUCAGCGAUGAUCAUCAGAUCUACAAAUGGAGCGAUGUGAGCCGCGAUUCAGUGGAGGUGGCCAAGCUGCCCGAUGACUUCAUACCCACAGAUAUGCACUGGCUGCUGCUGGGUGGUCGCAGCAGUGGCGGUGGCAAGGGCAGCGAUACGCUACUCAUCUGCAGCAAUGACGGACGCUUCAUUAUAUUGAACAAGAGUGCGCGAGUGGAGCGCAGCAUAUCCGCCCACACGGCGGCAAUUAGCUCGGGUCGCUGGAGUCCCGAUGGCGCUGGACUCUUGACGGCAGCAGAGGAUGGUGUCGUCAAGAUCUGGUCACGUUCCGGCAUGUUGCGUUCCACAGUCAUACAGAGCGACGAGGCGAUACGCUGUGCCCGCUGGGCGCCCAGCUCAACGGCAAUUGCCUUCAGUCAGGGCGGUCACAUUUCCAUUAAGCCACUGGCAGCCAACAGCAAACUAAUCAGGUGGCGAGCUCAUGAUGGUCUAGUUCUAUCGCUUAGCUGGUCGACCCAGUCCAAUAUUAUAGCGUCUGGUGGCGAGGACUUUCGCUUUAAGAUCUGGGAUGCACAGGGCGCCAAUCUGUACAGCAGUGCAGCCGAGGAGUAUGCGAUAACAAGCGUAGCCUUCAAUCCGGAAAAGGAUUACCUGCUGGUGGGCACGUUCAACAUGCUCAAGUUGUGCCACAGCACCGGUUGGUCGUAUAGCAGCGCUCGUUUUACGGCGCCCAGUGUUGGGUCCUUCUACACGUUGUCCUGGUCGACAGAUGGCACACAGGUCGCCUGUGGCACCUCCACCGGUCAGCUGAUUGUGGGCUUUGCCGUCGAGCAGCAACUCAUCUCGCGCAACUUGAAGGCAACGAGCACAGGACGCAAGUGCAUUGCGCUGCAGGACAUUGCCACUGGCACCAGGGAUGUUCUGGAGUUUCCGCAGCGCGUCAUCAAUUUUGCCUUGGGCUACGGUCAUUUGGUGGUGGCCACCACCCACCAGCUGCACAUCUACAAUGAGAAAUAUGUCAAUACUCCCAUAAUUAUUGAUGGUCGCAACGAUGUCCGCGUCAUGGAAGUUGGCAAAAAAUACUUUAUGGUGCUCGAUGCCUCCUCCAUUUGGGUGUACACUUACACGGGUCGCCUGCAUCUCAAUCCCCGGUAUCCGGGCUCGCAGGCGCAGCUGCCACUGCUCAACUGGCGCUCCAUUUCGCUCGGAUUGGAUGUGCUCGCCAUACGCGACAACUCGGAGACAAUGUUGCUCCACCUUUUCGAUCUAAUUCCCGGUGCUUCCCGUCAGUAUGAGCCGCACUCGUUGCGGGCCAAGCAGCAGCUGGCCGAGAUCGCCGCCUGUCGGGCUGGGAGCGCCGAUGAUCAGUUCGUUGCCUUCAUCGAUACCAACCGGGAGCUGUACAUAAGUGAGACGCGCAAUUUGAGCGGUAACUCCAACGCCGGUGGCUCCGCAGAUCGUUUGGCCAAUGGCGGGGAUGAAAUCUAUAAGAUUGGCACCCAGCUAACGUCCAUCAAGUGGGCCAGCGAGACAAACAUUUUGGUGGGUGUGCACGACUCCUGCUACAGCAUUUGGUACUGUCCGGGCGAGGGUGCCGCCGAUCCGACGAUCAUUGCCCUGACGACGAUAACACUGGACACAGCUGAGUUUGGCAAGCAUGUGGCCAUCGAUAGCUUUGAGGAUGCUGUGAUCACCUUUCGCUGUGCCGGCGCCCUCUUGCCCAUAAAUGUCAAUGUCUACUGCGAGGUGCUGCAUCGCACCUUGCAGGAGGGGCAGUGGCAGCAGGCGUUGAGGAUUUGCCGGCAGGCGCAGCACACGAGCCUGUGGGCCACACUGGCCGCCGUGGCCACCAGGAAGCAUCAGCUGCAGCUCAGCGAAGAGGCCUAUUCGGCUGCUUUGCAGAUCGACAAGGUUAGCUAUCUGCAGCACCUGAAGACCUUGUCGCCCUCGAGCGCUGAGCAAAUGGCCGAGAAUUCUCUAAUGCUGGGCAGAACGCUCGAGGCGGAGACGAUACUGCUGCACAAUCGCAAAUUUGGAGAAGCUGUGGCUCUGGCUUUGCGCAUGCAUAACUGGAAACGUGCCCUUGAGAUUGCCCAGAAGCAUCAGUCGGAUCAGUCGGAUGUGGAUCUGUUGCAACGUGUUUUGGAGGAACGACGACAUUAUCUGAAGGCCUUGCAGCGUGAUGAAUGGGAUGCAAUGUAUCUGAGACAUGUGGUCGAUGAUGGGAAUGUCAGUGAAUAAAAAUUAGAAUAAACCAUUGCAAAGUAAAUGUAGUCCUAAUUUCAACAUCGGACUUAAAAAAAAUAUAGCUGCAAGUGUAUGUAAUCCUCGAUUUAACGAGACUUACGAAAUG